AUGUACACCGGCUCAGAUAGCAAAUUGUUCAAAAGACCUCGUUCCGAAGAGGUCCUAGAUUGCAGUGCCAAAGUUCGGGUGGUGCCAAGCUCUGCGAGCUCUCCACUCAUCAGGCAGCAACAAGAAAGGAUCAACGAGCUCGAACAGGAAGUUCAAGCCCUCAACGAAGAAGUGUCAGGCUUAACGUACUGCGAAGAUGUAGCUCUCGAACGCGCGAAGACCGAAGUAGCCCAACUGUAUAAAAAUUCGUUGAAUUUUCAAGCCGAAAUAUUUCGCCUCAAAGCUCAGAAUAAUGCAUUGAAUGAAAGAUUGACAUUUAUACAGACGAAUGACGUUCAGAAACAAAAGACGGAAGUAGCUAUCCAAACAGACAUGCUUUACUCGAGCAUUCCAGCUGGUCGCCCGGAGCUUCACCAUAUUGCUACGCAGACGUCUCUUCCGCAACAUACCGAUAUCGUGAGCCAAGUGCCACCCUAUAUCGUCUCAACUGAACCAAUGUCUUCCUAUCAAAAGACGCUUGCUUUGGAAUACCAACACCCCUCAACUAUUGCCGGCGCCUUUGACGAAUGGGUGAAGGGAAUCUCAAGAGCACUCAGUCAUGAGAUGCGAAGUCUUGAAUUGGACAUUCCUCUGGCUGAUACCAGUGUAACACGUUCCAGGAUGGUGGUCUCUCAAGCUCAAAAGGACAUCGCUGAAGAAGGCCCUUGGCUAGAAAUCAAUUCUCGGAGCUCUAUUGUUCUCGUGGAUUUGGUGCAAUAUCCUGUGGAUGCGACGUCCAAUCAACAGGCCUUGCUUUGGUUUCCAGAUGCAUUUGCAUAUGUGAAUGUAGAUUUGGGUGCGGAGUAUCAGAACCUGGUCUCUACGUGGAUUGACCUCGAGCGAACAACCCAAUGGAGGACAAAUCCGAAGGUGCGGCUCCCAACACUUAACCGUCCGUCGCUGCUAGCCGAGUGGGUAGACAAGAAACGGUAUAAAUCCAGGGCAAACGAACCGAACGUUGAGGAUUGUGGUAUCGAUUUUGCUGAGAACGUGAAAAGUUGGUGGGCGUCUUUCCAGCCAGCGUGGAGACAGGGACCGACAGGAGAGAAAUCGUCUUCGUUACACAUAGGGUCUCAUGAAUGGAAGUCUAUCGAUAAGUUCGGAUUGAAUGGCUGGUUCGGAAUUGUUGUAUGUCUGAAAUGGUGGGGCACAAAUUUACAAUAUCGAUCGGUCGAAGACAAGACUGAAGGGAAGAGUGACUGGUUAAAAAUUGUUGGAGAUGUUCGCCAGGUCAUGGAGGCUUUAGUUCGGGCUCAGGCUCGCCUUGACUCUCCUCUCGUUCCUCAAUCCAAUUUGUUGUAG